UUGAUGUGGAAAAUGCGUUGAUCUGGCUAUCAUUUACCUUAUGGUCUACAAAUAGAAACACCAGAUUGCUGGAUGUGAGUUCUGUUGAACGCCCAAAACUGUUUGGACGCUGCAUGAAGCUCUCUGGGUUUCAGCUCUAAGCGGCUUCGUCUACAUCAGUUGUUUUUCACUUUUAAGGCUGGAAAAACCAACUUUGAAUGGUUGUUCUGUAAACACUAACAUUGAAUGCAGAAUUGUGAUGCUUCAGUUUGACCUCCACCUGAUGCCUGAGGCUCCUUCUCACUGCUGAAAGUUUGGCACCAUCUUCACUUGUUUGUCCCCUCAGAGUUCCAGCUCCUCCCUCAUGAAUCCUUACUCGGAAACAAACCAGGACUUUUCUCGAAGUGAGGACAAAGAUGCUCUGAGCUCAAUUUGCUGUUCAAUUCCUGAUUCCAACCCGUCGGUGCCCACUUCUCCUCUCCCCCAAAUCUACACGGGUGAAUCUUUUCCCCCAGCUUCACAGCGUCUGUCAGUCUCAGACCUGACCUGGCUGGACCAAAAUGUCCAACCUCCGAGUUCAUCUUUGCCCCUUCCAGCAUUCACUCCUGCAUCUACUCCUUCAUGGGGUCUGACCCAGGACUCCCGGUCUCCUCCCAUAGCAAACCCUUACUUCUCUUUUGACGACAACCCGCCCCACAAAGUCUCUGUGGAUGUCCAGACUCCAGACCUGCACCCCUCUCCUCUCCCGUCUCAGUUCUCCGAGGAGUGUCCGGAUCUGGAGUGCUCGAUCUGCUUCAGCCAGUUCAACAACGUCUUCCGUUGCCCAAAGAUGCUCCACUGCAAGCACACUUUCUGCCUGGAGUGCCUGGCACGCAUCAACGUCAAGUCUGCAGAGCCCAAUGCGAUUCAGUGCCCGCUGUGCCGCGGACUCACGACCCUGCCAACCCUGGGCCUCCCAAAACUGGCCACGGACUCGGACGUGCUGUCCUACCUGCCAGCCGCCAUGCAGAGGGUUUACAGCAUCCGCUUCAUCCGGAACAAAGGCAAGCUGCAGGUCAAGAGGGCAACUGAAAGAUCCCGGCAGAGGAGUCGCGCUUCGGUGAUGUCUCUGGGCCCAACCAACCGCACGCUGAACGUAGGACUUCCCAGCUCAACCACGCAGGGCGGCGAGGCCCACAACAUGGAUGGAAUGGUGCUGUGGAUGACGGGACGGCCGGCGUGUCGAGCCUUCCUUAUGAGCUGUGUGGUGAUCACUGUCCUUGUUCUCACAGCCGCUAUCAUUUACCUUUUGUCCUACAAAAAGUAACACCAUGUUUCACAUUCACCUGUUGGAUCUUUUUCCGUAGCUUUUACACCCAUAAAUUCUAGAGACUUGUUUUUUUUCUAAGCCGCUGUGAUGAGAACCUUAAGAAAUGGUGGAAGAAAAAAUUUCGUUUAAAAAGAUUUUAUGAUAAAUAAGUGCCAGACUCCCUACAGAUGUUGUGGCUGAACAGGAUCUGUAGGCAGCAAAGGGGAACAAAAGUCAAACAGGACUGUCGGCAUGAAAAAGGGAUCAUUGAUUCUGUGAGGAAGUGAUGCAUGAGCCGAAGCCAUGAAACCAGGCUGCAGGUCAGUGUGUUGCUGAAGGGGAACAAGCAGCAGCUCGCUCUUUGAUUUCUGCUCUGAUACAAUGACGCUCAGGUUUUCAUUUUUGUGUACAGGUUGUUGAACUGGCCAACAGUCAGACCCUUCCUCCUCUAAGCACUUUAAAUCGUAGUUUUUAAACUUGUUACUACUAUGUUGGAGCUGCAGCACUGUUCUUCUAAACAAAUGCUGACGGCUCCAUGGAAAUGAGCCGGGCUGCAGCAGGUCUGCUGCCUGGUUCGGAGAGGGGAGCGGUCUUCUGUGGAGACGGGUACAAAAAGUUCAGUUUACCUGCUAAGGUCUGGUUUUAUUCACGUUUGCAGCAUGUUACAUUAGUAUGGAGUGAACUGGGUUAAUGUGGUCCCAGCAGUUUCUAGGUUUUUUCUUCUGAACAUCGUCUCUUGUUUAUAGAGCAGUUUGUCAGUGAGGCCAACACUGGACUGAAGAAACAACAACUGUAUAGAUUCACAGAGAGGGGAAUCUGGCCUUAUGCCUCUGCUGCCUCUGCCUGCAAACAUCUGCUUUAGUUUGGUCAGAAAGCGUUGUAGCAUCAGAUGAUCAUGAUCCUCUCUUUAGACUCCGAAGGACUGAGACAAGUUUUCCAUAAAAGAAAUGUUUGUAAAUCAAGACUGAAUCCCGAAGCAGCUUUUUGUCCUAAAACCUAGUGUGUCAGUUUGGCUUCAGCAUCCAGUUUAGUUUGACUCUACGCUGAAGCCCUUUGUCUUUGUUCUGUGUCUUUUAGGCUUCUCCCUGUUUUACUUUGCAAUGUAAAAUAAAUGACUUUUAUGUAUUUAUAACAAUUUUAAGCAAAUGUUGCACCUUUUCAUAUGUAUUAAACUUAAAUAAAUUUCUACGAGAAUCCAA